GUGUGUUUCUUCUUCCGCCACAACAGAAUUUCACAAAUAUUCACCACCACUUCCAUUAAAAAAUCUGAGAGAAAGGAAACGAAAGAGUGAGGAGUAGCUAAAUAAGAUCCAAGCCUUACUCCAACGGUAUUCUCAGCUCAAUCACUAUUUUCAGGUAAUGGCCCCGAGAUGGAAAGGGAAAACAGCUGAAGCAAAAGCCCUAGCAGAGCCAAUGUCUCUAAUAGUCUCGAAGCUUCAAACCUCUCUGAUCGAAUCCAAUGCUCAAGGACUGCUUUCAGGGAGUGCGGUGCUUCUGCAAGCUCUCCCGGAACAAACUGAACUACUAUACGGUGCUUGUAUUGGUCGUCCUGUUAUAACUGCAGAGAAGGAUAAGCAAUGGCACCAACUAAGUUUCGAAGAAGCUCUGUACUUGUGCUCUGUCUUGAAAUGUAUCAAUGUUGCCGGUGAAAAUAAGUGUGCGAUAAGUGAUGAAGAGUUGUGGCAUUACAUGGUGGCCAGCAGAGUUGGUUUCCCUGUUCUGUUUAAAGCGUAUUCUCAUCUUCGCAGGAAGAACUGGGUGGUGAGGGCAGGGUCUCAAUACGGUGUCGACUAUGUUGCCUACCGUUACCAUCCAGCUUUCGUGCACUCUGAAUACGCAGUCCUUGCCUUGCCUGAUGAGGAUGGUGAUGGUGAAAAUGCCCGGUUGAAGGUCUGGUCUGAUUUUCACUGCACACUUCGACUUUGUGGCAGUGUUGCGAAAACCUUGUUGGUUCUUCACAUCAGCAGAAACGGGGAAGACACCACCUCUGUCUCUCGUUUGGAGCAUUAUUCUGUCGAGGAGAGGAUUGUGACAAGGUGGAAUCCUGAGGUAAGUCGCGAGAAUCAAACUAUGAUAGUGAAGAAAUGAUAUGAUAUAAAUCAUCCAUUCCAAGCAUAAAGUAGUGAUGUUGUAUCUGUAGAGGUACAUUGUACGACGAUGCCACUGUUCACAUAACAAUUUCAUUGACCAAGAUGCUUGUUCUAUCUUCUUAUAUUGUUAUUAAGGACUCAAAUUUUGUGGGGUGUGUAGCUAGAGUUGCGAAUCGAAUGUUUAAUGUAAAAAAAAGAACGAAAAUAGAAAAAAUCAUCAGUUUUGAAUUGGAAACGAAACCACCAAUAUUGGAUCUUCUUUUGCCUUAAAAAAGGCUUCCCAGCUUCUACCAAAAGUUCAGAUUAAUGACGAUGAUGAUGAUGAUGAUGAUGAGGAUAGCCUACUUACCGAAGAGGAUUUGGAAAAACCCCAACUGCCCUCUGUUCUUAUGCAAUAGGUGAUUGUGAAGUUGGAAUCACAAAUAAAUGUUGCAAAAAUUGCAGCUGUGGAAAAGCUGGAGAUGAGGAGAAAGUGAUGCUUGGACUUAAUAUGGACCAGAUUGAUAAUCCUCAGUCUGCUUGUGGAAGUUGUGGUCUUGGUGAUGCCCUUACAAGGGAGGGUCUACCAAAAUUUAAGAUUCGUGCAUGAGUCGAACGGGUGUUACACUAGUGUAUUUCAAAUACUUAUAUCAAUGCCUCACCUGUCUCAUUUUUAUAGAUUUGGUUGCUUUUUUUUUUGUAGUUUCUCUCUUUUUAUGUUUAAUUCCCUUUAAUGUUGUAGUAGUACUGAAAGUGUAGUUUUGCCGCGUGUGUCGUAUGCACGCGUCUUAGUUCUCAGUACUUAUCAACAAGAGUAUGCAUUCUUGGCUGGGCACGAGUUUUGCAUAAUUGGUUAAGUAGUGAAGAGGGACCCAUUCUUCACGAACAAUACUUUAAUUACUUUUUCUUUCAACUUC